AUGAGCCACAAAGAGCCUAGUUUCUUCCUGAAAUCUCACUUUCUUCCAGCCCCAGAAUGUGUAUUCAACCACAGUGAAAUAACAUCAAAAACUAAAAAAUUCUUCCCAAAAUGUGGAAUGGUUUAUGGAAUAUUGGUUAUCAACUCAAACACUGAUUUGUCAUUGGCUCAAUUGAAAUCGGUUUUCAAAAAUAUGACAACCCUAGUUGGAGGGUUGAUAGUGGAAAAUUCGAGUUUAUCGAACCUGGAUUUUUUCACAUAUCCCUAUGAGUAUUUACCUUUUUACUGUAAAACAUAUGGUCUUGUUAUCCGAAACAAUUCAAAACUAACCAAUGGAACAAUGUUGUUAGGAACCAGAUUUUAUUCUCAAAACACUACCAAGGAAUGUUAUGUGUCGAUCGAAAACAAUGAAUUAUUAGAUAUGAGCAGUUUAUGUGGUCAAGGAGAAUUAAAGGAUUUAUUGGACAUUCGUACAAAAGGGAAUUUCAAAAAUUGUGGUUGCCAAGGUAACGGGCCACUUUCUGAAUUCCAAAACUGCAACACCACUUUCAAUGGCUUAAAACUUCUGAAUACCACUAACCUCGAUUUAUAUCCAUUGUCUAAUAUUACAACCAUUCAAGGCUCGAUAGACAUUCAGAAUUCGAACAUUCAAAAUUUAUCAUUUUUGACUAAUUGGCAGUUUUGGACAGUGAAAUCCAAUAGGACUGUUAUACUGAACUUACAAAAUAAUCCGAUAAUGAAGCGGUUAGGCUUGCCGGUUUUAAAGGUACCGAAAGUAUGCAGAAGACAUCAAAAAGAGGUAGAAAGUUUUCAGAAAUUCGAGAAAAAGUUGCGUGGACUCGGUCUGGCGAAUAUUGAAAACUUACAUCCGGAAUUUUGUAUAACAAUUGCGGAAUUCAAGUUUAUUUUUGAAGUCUUGGAAUUAUCAUUUUUAAAUCUAGACGCCAAAAUUUGUAAUGAGGAAAUUGGAGACAUUCGGGAUAAUGUUCUUUGUCAUUUCGAAUCAAUGUAUGAUCUACCCUACAAUUGUGAUAUUAUUGUUGGAAAUGUGAUAGUGGAUUUUGGAGAUGAAGAGUAUUUUUCGAAAUUGUUCAAUGUUUGGCAUCUCUAUGGAACAUUGACAAUUAGAAAUACAAAUUUGAAAACUUUUAAUCGCUUGCAGUUGUCCUAUAUAGCUUACUUGGAUGAUAGGGAUUUAGAACAGCAAGAUCGGCUGAUUCAAAUUUACUCAAAUCCCAAGUUAAAUGAUUUUCUCAUGAAUAGUGUCAGUAACAUCAUAACCAGCGGAAAACGAGAGGCAUUGAUUCAAGACAAUCACCCGGACGCCUUCAAGGAUUGGGAAACUGGGGAAAAAACGGAAUGUGCAAUGUUUCCUUAUCCUUAUAUGUACUUCAAGGAUUACUACUCCGUAAACUUAAACUUCACUGGUGGAGAUUGUGGACAACGUGUGGAGAUUAAGAAUUCAAAUCUAGCAAUUUUUUAUUUGUCUGUUUCAUUCACUGUAGCAUAUACUUUAUUUCACAUAUGA